GGCAGUCUGAAAUGCAUGGCCACAAGAUUCCUCUCUAACAGGACAGCCCGACACCCUAUAUAUACACGGAGCUGAAGACCUAGCUAGCCAGUACUCACAGUGACAUGUACGCUAAUUGCUCUCAAGCUCAAGCUCAAGCUAGCUAGCUCCCCUGCCGGCCGGGCAAGAAGAAGAAGCAGCAGCUAGAUAAUCAAGAUGUCGGUGCCGGUGGCGUACCAGGGGAACACGUCGGCGGCGAUCGCCGACUGGCUGAACAAGGGCGACAACGCGUGGCAGCUGACGGCGUCCACGCUCGUGGGCCUCAUGAGCUUCCCGGGCUUGGUGGUCCUGUACGGCGGCAUGGCGAAGAAGAAGUGGGCAGUGAACUCGGCCUUCAUGGCGGUCUACGCCUUCGCCGCCGUGUGGAUCUGCUGGGUCACCUGGGCCUACGGCAUGUCCUUCGGCGAGGAGCUCAUCCCGAUCUGGGGCAAGGCCCGGCCCGCGCUGGACCAGGGCUUCCUCCUGGGCCGGGCCGCGUUGCCCGCCACGGCCCACUACCACGCCGACGGCACCCUUGAGACCGCCAUGAUCGAGCCCUUCUUCCCCAUGGCCACCGUGGUCUACUUCCAGUGCGUGUUCGCCGCCAUCACCCUCAUCCUCGUCGCGGGCUCGCUCCUGGGCCGGAUGAGCUUCACGGCCUGGAUGAUCUUCGUGCCGCUCUGGCUCACCUUCUCUUACACUGUCGGGGCGUUUUCCGUGUGGGGAGGCGGGUUCCUGUUCCACUGGGGCGUCAUCGACUACUGCGGCGGGUACGUCAUCCAUAUCCCGGCCGGGGUGGCGGGCUUCACCGCCGCGUAUUGGAUCGGGCCCAGGGCCCGGAAGGACAGGGAGAGGUUCCCGCCUAAUAGCAUCUUGUUCACGCUCACGGGGGCCGGGCUGCUGUGGAUGGGCUGGGCCGGGUUCAAUGGUGGUGGGCCCUACGCCGCCAACGUCGACGCCUCCAUUGCCGUGGUCAACACGAACAUCGCCACGGCGGCGAGCCUUCUCGUGUGGACCUGCCUCGACAUCAUCUUCUUCAAGAAGCCCUCCGUCGUCGGCGCCGUCCAGGGCAUGAUCACCGGCCUCGUCUGCAUCACGCCCGGCGCAGGUGUGGUGCAAGGGUGGGCGGCGCUAGUGAUGGGCGUGCUGGCAGGGAGCAUCCCAUGGUACACCAUGAUGGUGCUCCACAAGCGCUCCAAGCUCCUGCAGCGGGUGGACGACACGCUGGGGGUGAUCCACACCCACGGCGUGGCGGGCCUCCUCGGCGGCGUGCUCACGGGCCUCUUCGCCGAGCCCACGCUCUGCGCGCUCUUCCUCCCCGUCGCCGACUCCCGGGGCGCCUUCUACGGAGGCGCCGCGGGCGGCGCGCAGCUCGGGAAGCAGAUCGCCGGCGCGCUCUUCGUGAUUGGGUGGAACGUGGUUGUUACCUCGAUUAUAUGUCUCGCUAUCAGGCUGGUCGUCCCGCUGAGGAUGUCGGAGGAGAAGCUCGAGAUCGGGGACGAUGCCGUCCAUGGCGAGGAGGCGUAUGCGCUCUGGGGCGACGGCGAGCUCUACGAUGACACCAAGCAUGGCGGCUCCGCCGUCGCGCCCGUCUGACUAGCUCAAACUCGACACGAUACAAGUCCGAUCCGGUUGAAUCGAUUUAAUUCGUCUCAUAUUCCUAAGCUGCUAGCACUCUCUCCAUAUAGCUAUAUGAUUUGUGACCGAUCAAUCAAGCUAUGUAUAUCGUUUUGUCACGUUCCGUUUCUGUUGCCAUGCACAAGCUAUGUGAAUAUAUGAUUAAAUACCCUUUUCUUGCUAAAAAAGGGGAGAAAAUUAGAGAAUGUAAGUAAGUUGUUUUUCCUGCGUACUUUCACAAACAUAUGAUGAACCCAUGGAUCACCAGCAGAA